AUGAAAGCUUCUACAUCGACAUCAGCCUCCUCCACUCCAGUUCCCCACAAUGCUCUACCGCCACCAUCGACUACCUCUGCUGCACGUUCCUCACGAAUUGCUCCUCAUUCACACAUCAAAGGACUUGGUUUGACACCGGAAGGGCUUGCGAGCGCUGAUAGUGCAGGGUUCAUCGGUCAAAUCAUAGCACGGGAGGCUUGUGGUGUCGUCGUGGAUCUCAUAAAAUCGCGAAGAUUCUCGGGACGCGCGUUAUUGCUGGUGGGCGCGCCUGGGACAGGCAAAACCGCGUUGGCGUUGGCUGUGUCGCAUGAACUCGGAGCAAAAGUCCCCUUUUGUCCUAUGGUUGGGUCAGAGGUGUACAGUACGGAGGUCAAGAAGACGGAAGUUCUGGCCGAGGCGUUCCGGAGAGCCAUAGGUCUUCGGAUAAAAGAGACAAAAGAGGUGUAUGAGGGCGAAGUGACAGAGCUGACGCCCGCGGAAUCUGAGAACCCCCUCAGCGGAUAUGGCAAGACCGUCUCCCAUGUCAUCGUGGGCCUAAAAACCGUGAAGGGCACAAAACAACUUCGUCUUGAUCCUAGCAUCUACGAAGCCAUCUUGAAGGAAAAAAUUGUCGUUGGCGAUGUCAUAUACAUCGAGUCCAAUACAGGCGCCGUCAAGCGUGUUGGACGCUCAGACGCCUAUGCCUCUUCGUAUGAUCUAGAAUCUGAGACAUAUGUUCCUCUACCAAAAGGAGACGUCCACAAACGGAAAGAGUUAGUGCAGGAUGUGACCCUAGGCGAUCUCGACGCGGCGAACGCGCGGCCGCAGGGUGGCCAGGAUAUCAUGAGUGUCAUGGGUAGCCUGGUCAAAAGUGGGCGAACCGAGGUCACGGAUAAACUGCGUCGGGAAGUCAAUAAAGUCGUGAAGGGCUAUGUUGAUCAAGGUGUUGCAGAGGUCGUCCCUGGUGUCGUCUUCAUCGACGAGGUCCAUAUGCUCGAUAUCGAGUGUUUCACAUAUUUGAAUGCCCUGCUUGAGUCUCCCAUGGCACCGACCGUCAUCUUUGCCACUAAUCGGGGCAAUUCGUUGGUCCGCGGAACAACAGACAUUGUUGCACCCCACGGCAUUCCCGUGGAUCUGCUGGACCGGUGUUUGAUCGUCAAGACGGAAGGGUACUCGCGGGAACAGGUCAGCAAGGUUGUGCAACUGCGUGCGAACAUUGAAGGCCUCAAGCUCGGCGAGGGCGUUCUCGAUCGGUUCGCAGAGGAGGGCGAGAAGGGCUCGCUGCGAUAUGCGCUCCAAUUACUUACUCCCUCUUCCAUCUUGGCUGGCCUUUCCGGUCGCACACAAAUCGAAUUGGAGGAUAUUGGGGAGAUGAAUGAGUUGUUCAUCGACGCGAAAACAUCUGCGGGUAUGAUAGAAGAGAGAGACGGCUUAGCUGUGUAG